CUUGACUUACCAGCUGGAGCUCAAUUAAAACGUUUCCAAGGAUUAUGUGUACCAUGUCAAUUAUUAUUAAUUAGAAUUGAACCAUUGUUAAAUGAUCUAUCAUGCAUACAUGUGAACAAUCCGGGAAAUGGUAAACAGGCAGCAGCUGAACCAGAGGUCAAUCCAUAUACAAUGCAUGCUAACACAUGAUAUAAACAUAUUUAUUUCCAUAAAGUGGAGGGAUUGGCAAACAAGCAAGCUAACAUAUGUUGCUCAUGGCUUCAUAUCAGAAGAAGUGAGCUGAGAAGACACCAUAUAGCACUGAGCAUAGGAGUUUUUAACAGUCAGAUCCAAGGGACAGAAAAGGAGGUUGGCCAAUCUCCCCAAACCAAUGCCCUUUGAAAGUAUUUUGCAUGGACACCAGUCUAUAAAUGAUUACAAGUCAAGCAGAAUCCUUCAGCAAUCAUGAAGCCACCAUUUCUCUGGUGGCUGGGAUGUUGGGAGACAACAUAUGAGGGAAAUGUUUCAUCAGCAGUAAUCAUAAGAGCUUUGCAAAGAAGGCGAACAUGACCAGGUUAUUCAAGCUAAUUCACAAUACACAGCCACCAUUAACUCUGUGACCUUGACAUUGGAGAAAGCCACAGGGGUCUUGGCCAGCAUUCCUCCAGAGACAAGACUCAAACAAUGUGAUUUCUAUUAUAGGAAUUGAGCAUGCUGAAUGGAAGGGUCUCUUGAUUGACAAUAUUUUUAGCUAUCUGGCACCAAAUGUGUGUGUUUUGAUUUUUUGUUGCAAAAGGAACAAGACAGUCUUAUUUCUCUGGAGAUUUGAAUCACAUGAUGAAAACUUUCAUCACAUUUUUUUAUGAAAAGUUUAAUAUACUUUUAUCAAAAUGUGUUGAGAACUGAAAAAUGUGUUAACAGGCAAAAGAAAUCGUUAUCCCAGCUUGUGGGUAAAUAUGAAAAUUGUCACAACACCGCACAAGUCAAUCAGAGAGCAAGAGGAUGAAAGGUUUAACUGAUGCCAAAGGACCCCCCACACCAAUAUUUUUUUAUGCUUUUUAGGGGCUCAUUCACAUUCCUUCAGUUUUCAUCACAGCACUUCAUCUAAGAGCAGGUUUUAUACUGAAGCUGAGUGUAACCGAAAAUAAGUGUGUCCCAGUCAAUAAUGUGAUAUCCAGCAAUUUUAUCACACAGACUGCUGAGUUGCCUGUAAUUUUGAGAUCUGGACUUUAGAAAAAUUGAAGCAACUCAUUUCUGCCAAGAUUCUACAUGGAACAUGCUGAGCUCCUGGAUAGUGAUCAAAACUGACAUGUGUUUUGAACAUUGAAACUUUUAUUCACUUAUCACCAAUUGAAUAACUUCAAAAACUGAUCAAGGGUCAAAGAGGAGUGAUGAGUAUGAAACAAUAACAGACAAUAUUUUAAAAUAUCAACCUAGCAUUAUGGAACCCUUGGUUGCUCCUGUGUGUGGCUCCCUACUAAUCUUAGUCUGAAUAAGCCACUGGUUUCCCACAUCAAGAUUCAACAUGGAUAUGGAAGAUAUUCUGUUGAAUAUGGACUUUGAGAACAUGUCCUCAGAGGAGAUACAGCAACAGUUUGAGCUGUACUCCAACUUCUCCCAAGACAUCAAGCAGACCGACUGGGACAUCUUGAAGGACAAGCGCUGGCAGGUUGUGGUCAUUAUCCUCUAUGUUGUGGUCAUCGUGUUCGGGUUCCUGGGGAACCUGGUGGUGGUGAUAGUGAUAGCAAAGUACAAGCAGCUGCAUACAGUUACAAACAUCUUUAUUGCCAACCUGGCUGUGGCAGACAUUGCUCUGUGUGUGUUCAACCUUCCCUUUCAGCUUCACUACCAGCUGACAGACACGUGGACAUUCGGAUCUAUUCUGUGUCACAUCACCAUGCCCACAUUUGGAGUGCCUAUUUUCGUCUCCUCUCUGUCCAUUCUCAGCAUAGCUGUUGACCGCUACAUCCUCAUCGUGUUCCCCUUCACGCAGAGGAUGACCAAUGCGUUUGCGCUGGGUGUUGUUGUUGUCAUUGGUUGUGUAACAACAGGUUUGGCCAUACCGCUGAUGGUCUACACUCGUGUGGAGAUCAUUGAUGAGCCCUUGUUCAAACUGUAUCAAGUGUACUGUGUCGAAAACUGGCCUUCGUACAAGAGUAAACGGGCAUACGCUGUCACAGUGUUUGUGCUGCAGUUCUGUAUUCCACUGAUGUUAACGACCUUCUUCUAUACUCAUAUUUGUGCUGUGUUAAAGAACAGACCCAUUAAAAAAAAUGAAACCCGACGAAACCAAAGAACAACCAAAAUCUUAAUCGCUGUGGUUUUAACAUUCACUCUGUGCUGGCUUCCAUGGAAUAUAUUCAGCCUGACCGCAGAGUUCCAUCAUAGUGUUGUUCGUGGGAAAUAUUUCAAACUCAUUGAUCUGUUACUUAAAAUUUUUGCCAUGAGUUCCUCAUGCAUAAACCCAUUCCUUUAUGGUUGGUUAAAUGACAACUUCAGAAAAGAAUUAGGGCGAAUGGUCGGGCAUCAAAAUGGAUUUGGCCGAGUCAACAAUACAAAUGGGUAUUCCUUAGCUCAACCAACCAAGAAGACAAACCUGCAGCAAAGUCCUCGGAUUGAGAUGGACCGACACACCACCCCAUACUAACAAACGGUUUCAAGUUGGCAAGUGGAUAUUCAUUUUCAUUAGUGUUUGCUCAAAAGAAAUACAGUGUGUCAUUCGUCUUGUCUUUUUCAUAAAAAAAGCAAGUUUUCCUGAGUGUGAGGAUAGGCACUCCAGUGCAAAAUGCUGUCGAAGAGGAUGCAGCUUCAGUCUUGUACUUGUUAAGGAGGAAUGUGAAAGGUAAUUAAAGAGGCAAUCUCAAGAACACUUUUGUGGAUUAUGAACUUGUUGACUUCAGUGUUCAUGGAAAAUCAUUUUCCACAGGAAGUGGACAAUUAUGGUGACAUUCAUGUGGAAAAAAGGAUUAUACAGUUUAACAUUUACAUGCUCAAAAAAUCAAGGAACCUUGUUGAGAACUCUUCAUAAGCAUGGACAAUUCAAUAAAGUAAAUCUUGCCAUUGUAAGUUAAUUGGUGACUGCUAACAGGAUGAUGGUCAGUGUAAGGAAUGGUUAACUUCUUUCAUGUCCUGUUUGUUGAAUAACAAAUAAAAUGAAACAUGACACUAGCAAGUGUCAACAAACAUUUAAGCCACUACUUCCAACACAUGCAAAAGAUAAUAGGGACAAUGACAUUUGUAAAUGGCAACAUAGUCUGCUUAUAUUUCUGAGAUGUACUGCUGGGCCCAAUUCCACAAGCAAUCAUAGCACUUUGACUAUCGUAAUGCUAGAGUGUCGCCUUGACCCUAGAGAAUAAACUAAAUUCCGACUUAAUAAAAGUAACAAACUCUUUCCAUAUUAAAUAGAAAUCUCUUGAUUUGAGUCGAUUGUACGAUUCCGACUAUAUAAUGAACAUGUGUUUAUGAAUCACUAUCAAAUACUGAUGAUGAAAAGAUGAGCAUAGCCUCCAAUACCGAUGGUAAACAUAACAAACACAUGCAAAGGCAAGUCAAUUGUUGACCUGAAAAGACAUGGGAACACAUGGUACAAGUUAAACUAGGGAAUUGCAUCAGACUUUUAUUAGUGUCACUGAUGUGUCAAAUUUGGAAAUGUCCUCCAUAUGUUCACCAUGGAACCUUCUACUUGCCUAAAUGUCUUGACCCCAAAUUAUACACAGAUGUAAAGCCUAGAAUGAUUAUUAAAGUCUCAGCUCUUGGAAAUUAUUAAGCAUUUAUCUGGGCUCCAUUUGGACUAUAAUUUUUAUUUUGUAGACAUAUAUUUUUAAACAUGAUAACUUUACUUCUGGGACAAAAUGUGAGUCUAUUGUAACUCCUAUACUUAACACAGACUUAUGACAAUUACGACGAUCAGUUUGUGAAACAGGGCCCUUUGCAUGUGUUUGUGACAGGUGCCACCGGUGGGGCAGGAUACGCUUACCUUUUCGCGAACACCCAGUAUCAUUAACAUUAACACAGGUUCAGGAUAUAGUCGGAAUCGUACAAUCGAAUCUGCUUUUGGCAGAGAUUUCUUAUGAAUGUUGAAAGGGUUUUGUCGCUUUUAUCUACAGUUCAACUUGUUGUUUCCUCAAUGACCGUAUCUCAGAUGUAUACUCACAAGAUGGCAACCCCAACUUGAGGAAUAUCUGGGGUACUUGUCAUCUAAAUUUAGUAGCGUUUAACAAAAUUUGUAAUCAUUAUUAGAAUCUCUGACUGUAUGUUCUGGACGAAAAUUUAUCAUCUUUCACCUUAUAUUUUAUCACCCACAAUCUGUAAACCUUCCCAUCACAAGCUAAAACCAUUUAUUGAUUAUUAAUUGGAUGUAUAUAUGACAUUGACUUUUAUGAUGGUUACAGGCAACAUUUUUUGGGAAAAAGAUUGUAAAAUAUUUCACUUGACCAUAUUGGUGGAAGUAUGUUCUUAAUAUCAUAACUGUCCUGCCAAAUUCAAAUUGGUUGGCAUUUCUGUAUAUUUUGAAAAGUUAUGCACAAGAAUAUGAACCUGACCCAGCAUUAACACAAACAUUACAAAUUUGAUGUCCUUGAAAAAUGAUUAUGUUUGAUCGAAUAUGACAUUGGUACAGAACAAUGUUUUUUUAAAUGUUUGUACAUUUCAAACAGCUAUGCCAUUGAACAUGAAAUUGAAACUUCUUUUAUUUUAGAAAAACCUCAGACUAUUUUUACUCUUUAAGUAUACUUAUCUGAUAUUUAUUGUUUGUAUAAUGCAACAUCAUUAGUUAUUUGAGCAAAUACUACAAGUUAGCAAGCACAUUAUAUUUUAUUGUCAAACCCCUGUAUUUCAAAGAUAUUUAUCUCACAAGCACUUUCUUUACAUAUAUGCUGUUUCAUGCAAUUCAAGAAAUGUCAGAUGCUGAUUUAAUUUAUUUAUCACACAGUGAACAAUAAAAUUCACAAUUCAUUUUCUUUUCAACAACCCCCCCCCCCCCCCCUCC